CGCUCCCGGGCCGGGCUGCCUGCACCGACCGCCCGCCCGGCCCGCCCGGCCUCGCCGGGCGCCACGGCAGCGUCAGAGUGAAGCUUCUCCUGAGGAGAGUGAAGACCCAUUUCAGUUGUGUAGAGGAUCCCACAGGCACAUAAAUGCAGUAUCUCAACGUAAAAGAAGAUUGCAAAGCCAUGGCUUUCUGUGCAAAAAUGAGGAGCACCAGGAGAAAUGAGCUCAACCUGGAAGCUCAACACCAGGGGCUGGAAAUUCUCUUCUACCUGCAGGACAAAGCCCCCAUCUGUUACUCCAGCGGCGAGUUCACCUCAGAGGAGCUGUGCAUUGAGGCUGCCCAGAGGUGUUCUGUGUCCCCUCUGUGCCACAACCUCUUUGCUCUGUAUGAUGAGAACAAAAAGCUCUGGUAUGCACCAAACCAGGUCUUCAAGGUGGAGGAAAAAUCAUCCUUCAGGCUCCAUUAUCGCAUGAGAUAUUAUUUCACCAACUGGCACGGGACCAGCGAGAGCGAGCCCUCGGUGUGGCGACACUCGCCCAGGAGGGCCAAGGCCUAUGACAAGAAGCUGGCCCCAGAGGGGACCCCCAUCCUGGAUUCGGAUUCCCUGGAGUACAUCUUUGCACAGGGCCAGUAUGACCUGGUGAAGGGCCUGGCACCCAUCCGAGAUCCCAAAAACGACCAGGAGGUCCAUGAGAUUGAGAAUGAGUGUCUGGGCAUGGCUGUCCUGGCCAUCUCCCACGAUGCCAUCAAGAAAAACAUGAAGCUGCCAGAGCUUCCCAAGGACAUCAGUUACAAGCAUUAUAUCCCUGAGACCCUGAACAGGACCAUCAGGCAGAGGAAUUUCUUGACCAGGAUUCGGAUCAAUAACGUUUUCAAGCAUUUCCUGAAGGAGUUCAACAACAAAACCAUCUGCAACAACAGCGUCUCCCCGCGGGACCUGAAGGUGAAAUACUUAUCCACCAUGGAGAUCCUGACCAAAUAUUUCGGGGCGGAGAUCUUCGAGCCCUCGUUCCUGCUGAUCUCUGCCGAGAACGAGCUGAACAAAUUCAGCUGUGGGGACAACGAGAGGUACGAGGUGAUGGUGAGCGGCAACAACGGCAUCCAGUGGAGGCUCAAGCCCAGCCCCGUCCCGACAGAGAAGGAGAAGAGGAAGAAAAGCGACGGCAGGAGCAGAAAGGUGGAGGAGAAGCACCGAGUGCGCGAGGCGUGGAACAGCUUCUCCUACUUCCCCGAGAUCACGCACGUCGUCAUCAGGGACUGCACGGUCAGCAUCAACAAGCAGGACAACAGGAGGAUGGAGCUGAGGCUGGGCUCGCACGCCGAGGCGCUGUCCUUCACCUCGCUGGUCGAUGGCUACUUCAGGCUCACGGCAGAUGCCCACCACUACCUGUGCACAGACGUGGCUCCUCCCCUCAUCCAGCACAACAUCAAGAACGGCUGCCACGGCCCCAUCUGCACGGAAUAUGCCAUCAACAAGCUGAGGCAGGAGGGCAACGAGGUGGGGAUGUACGUGCUGAGGUGGAGCUGCACCAACUUCAACCACAUCCUCAUGACUGUGACGUGCCUGGAGGGCUCAGAGGUGAUGAAUAACUCAGGCCCCUACAAGAACUUCCAGAUCGAGGUGAAGAAAGGGGGGUACUUCCUCCAUGGCUCCAACAAAUCCUUUGCAUCCUUGAAAGACCUCAUGGAUCACCUGAAGGGACAAAUCCUGCGGACAGACAACAUCAGCUUCACCCUGAAGAGGUGCUGCCAGCCCAGACCCAGAGAAAUCUCCAACUUGCUGGUGGCAACCAAGAAGGCCCAGGAGUGGCAGCCAGUGUAUCCCAUGGGGCAGCUGAGCUUCCACCGGAUCCGCAAGGAGGAGAUCGUGCAGGGAGAACACCUGGGAAGAGGGACCAGGACCCAGAUUUACUCAGGGAUGCUCAGCCUCAAGGAUGAUGAGAACGAAGGGUAUCAGAAUGAAAGAGAGAUCCGAGUCCUGCUCAAAGUCCUGGACCCCAGCCACAGAGACAUUUCCUUGGUAAGUUUUUUUCUUUUGGGUAUCUUUUCUUUAAUAUAAGAAAUAACACAUUGAUUAAUCUUGUUUGUUCACUGAGUUUCUGCACCUGCCUCUGCAGAUAUCAUGGUGGAAGAGUUUGUUGAGUGUGGACCUCUGGAUCUGUUCAUGCAUAAGAAAAGUGAAGUUCUCACAACCCCAUGGAAAUUCAAAGUGGCCAAACAGCUUGCAAGUGCCCUGAGCUACCUGGAGGACAAGGAUUUGGUGCAUGGCAAUGUGUGCACCAAGAACAUCCUGCUGGCCAGGGAGGGCAUUGACACCGAGUAUGGGCCUUUCAUAAAGCUGAGUGACCCAGGAAUCCCCAUCACCGUGCUGUCCAGGCAAGAGCGCGUUGAGCGGAUCCCCUGGAUUGCACCUGAGUGCGUUGAGGAUUCCAAGAACCUCAGCAUUGCUGCAGAUAAGUGGAGUUUUGGUACAACCCUGUGGGAAAUUUGCUAUAAUGGAGAAACUCCACUGAAAGACAAGACCUUAGCAGAGAAGGAGAGGUUCUACGAGGGGCACUUUGUGCUGGCCACGCCGUCCUGCAAGGAGCUGGCAGACCUGAUGAAGCAGUGCAUGAACUACGACCCCCACCAGAGACCCUUCUUCAGGGCCAUCAUGAGGGACAUCAACAAACUGGAGGAGCAGAAUCCCGAUAUUGUCUCGGAGAAGAAACCUGUCACCGAGGUGGAUCCCACCCUCUUUGAGAAGAGGUUCUUGAAAAGGAUCCGGGAUUUGGGGGAGGGCCACUUUGGCAAGGUGGAACUGUGCAGAUAUGACCCAGAAGGUGACAACACCGGGGAGCAGGUGGCAGUGAAAUCCCUGAAGCCCGAGAGCGGAGGGAAUCACAUCGCUGACCUCAAGAAGGAAAUUGAAAUCCUGAGGAAUCUUUAUCACGACAACAUUGUCAAAUACAAGGGGAUUUGCACAGAAGAUGGAGGAAGUGGGAUUAAACUCAUCAUGGAAUUCCUUCCCUCUGGGAGCCUGAAGGAGUAUCUCCCACGGAACAAGAACAAGAUCAACCUCAAGCAGCUGCUCAGAUACGCAGUCCAGAUCUGCAGGGGCAUGGACUACCUGGGCUCCUGUCAGUACGUGCACCGUGACCUGGCAGCGAGGAAUGUCCUGGUGGAGAGUGAGAACAGGGUGAAGAUCGGGGACUUUGGGCUGACCAAGGCCAUCGAGACGGAUAAGGAAUAUUACACCGUCAAGGACGACCGCGACAGCCCCGUCUUCUGGUACGCCCCGGAGUGUUUGCUGCAGAGCAAGUUCUACAUCGCCUCCGACGUCUGGUCCUUCGGGGUGACGCUCUACGAGCUCCUCACCUACUGCGACUCCGAGUCCAGCCCCAUGGCAGAAUUCCUGAAGAUGAUCGGCCCCACGCAGGGACAGAUGACGGUGGCACGGCUCGUGCGGGUCCUGCAGGACGACAAACGGCUGCCACGGCCACCCACCUGUCCUGAGGAGGUGGAUCAGCUGAUGAGGAAGUGCUGGAUCUACAAACACGACGAACGCACCACCUUCCACAACCUGAUCCAAGGAUUUGAAACAAUUAUGAGUAAAAUGUAAUUAAUUUUUUUUAAUCCUGUCUGGACUUUAAAUGCCCAGCAAACUACGCCCAAGGCUAUUACUUUUUUUUUUUUUUUUACUCCUGUAAUUUGUACUCUGGCUGGGCUGAUGUUGUUAUAAAGGAUUCUUUUGCCAACAGAUUGAAGAGUUGGAUUAAAAGAAUUUAAAAGGUUUUGGCAAAAUGAGCUCCAGCUCCCUUUGCUGCUGUUCUUGCAGGGCAGUUUUAUCCUGCUCUGAUUCUGGUUGUGCCACAAUUGGAAUUGCCCUGAUGGAUGAUGUGAGCUGGGAAAAUCCACUGCAUUUCUCAGCUCAAACCUCAGCCAGUGGCUGUAAGAGGACUCAAUUAAUAAUUUCAAAGUCAGCUGACAAAAUAUCCUUCACAUGCACUUAAAUCCUAGUAACAAACAAAACAACUUUGUCAUAAAAAUAUAGGGGAAGUGAAAUUUCCAGCUCUUUUUAAACCCACCAGGCCCAGUCCUGAGCUCUUACAGGUAUUUAAAAAAAAAGUGUUCAGAAAUACCACCCCAGAAGCAUAAAGGGGUGGGCACAGUUGUGCAUUUCAGUGAGAGGCCCAAUUUUGGGAUAAAUAAUUUGCUUUUCCUAACUCCAUUCCCACAUUCUUCCCCCAUGAGCUCCCAGCCUGGGUGCACCCCUGGAGGGGGAGAAUUGCAUCCCUGGCGCUGAGGGAUGUGCAGGGAAGGAAUUCCUGGAGCAGGGAAAGAAAUUCCUGGAGCUGGCAAGGAACCCAGUCCACGCCAGAGCCUGCAGGGGAUUAUGCAAAAGGAAAAAGGGCCUGAGCACCCAGGGGUGCCCAGGGAAUGGGAACCUCUCCAACCAUUUUUUCUUUUAAGAACAUUUUGACUCAGCCCAUGAGUGGUUUAACUGGAACCUUCUGCUGCCAUCCACACCUGGAGCUGGAAAAUGCUCUGAAGAGAUCCUCGAGUUUUGGCAAUAAUAGAAAGAGGUUUAUAUAUAAAUAUAUAUAUAUAAAUAUAUAUAAAAAUGGUAAUUAUGAGCUCCAAGGAGGUCAGAUUUAUUUUUACAGUGUUAUUGUUUCUGUAUGUCACUUAGGAAGCUGAAUUUCAUCUGUAAGCACUUUGUUACUCUUUAUACAAACAAGUCUAAUAAAUUUUUUUUUUCUCCA